ACGUAUCUGCGAAAACGCCGAGGAAUCCCACUCUCUCUUCCCCUCGAGACGCCCGUCUCGUCGCUUUGCUCCCCUCGAAAGAAUUCUAAAUUCUUGCUUAACAAAAGGAGAAGCCGGAUCCUUCGCGGGAUCCGCAUCGGUUCUUGCCCUUCCUUCCUGCGCGGAUUUUCGGCAGCCUUUCUGGUUUUUUUUUCGCCUCCCCUGAAUUCCUCCGCCGUGGUCGACGACUGAGCUGGUCGUCGCGCGCGGCUGCGGCUGUUGGGAUCUUGGGUGAGGGGAGGAGGGGCGCCGCCGCGAUCCGGCCAGGGAGAGAUGGCCGGCGGGAAGGAGCCGAUCGAGGUCAAGUUCCGGCUUUUUGACGGCACGGACAUCGGGCCCAGCAAGUACGACCCCUCCACCUCCGUCACCUCGCUCAAGGAGUUCAUCCUCGCUCGGUGGCCGCAGGAUAAAGAAGUUGUUCCAAAAACUGUCAAUGAUGUGAAACUCAUUAAUGCUGGAAGAAUACUGGAGAACAACAAAACUCUUGCCGAGUCUCGAGUCCCAGUAGGAGAAGUUCCUGGAGGUGUUAUAACGAUGCAUGUUGUCGUGCGCCCUCCCCAAAGCGACAAAAGUGAGAAGCAGCUUUCAAAUUCUCCCAAGCAGAACAGAUGUGGAUGCACGAUAUUGUGACACCGAUUCGGCUGCAUUGUGUAUUCUGUAUAUUGGUGCCAUGCUCACAUCGAUUGCAAGUUCACCCUAACAUUGAUUCUUGCAAGCUAUUCUUGAAAGCCUAGAGACGGUAAUUAACACCAUACGUAAAUCAUCAUCCCUGCUCGACAGUAAAGUUUUUCUCCGGAGUUCAUAGUGGAGGGCGCCAUCCAUAUUUAUGUAAGCUGUAACGAGUGCGAAGGAGUGCAGGGGUCAAGUGCUGGAUGCUCGCUGUUGCUUUAAGAUGUAGAACCUGUGUAUUUGAGGUCGAGAACGAGCUGCCACUUUUCUUUCUUUUGCUACUACAUAUAUACAGUCAUAUAGUUCUUGCCGAGAUCUUUUUCCCGCUGCAUAUGUGUUAUGUGAAAAUAGGAAUGUGUUUGCCAGUAGUUUCUGUCCAGAAGUGUAAAAAGGGAAUGUGACAUGGGACUCAACCGAUGGGCAGUGAAGUUUGUAUUUGCCUUUUUUU